GAGGAGGCGCCGGGUUCCGGAUUCGUAGUAAAGGACCGCAGAGGGGUUGGAUGUAAACACUAGACCAUGGGUCAUUUAAACCCUGCUGCAAUAUUCUAAGAAUGGACAGAAAUACUAAUGUUAGCAUUGUUCCUAGUAUCACUCAGUUGGAAAAUUUCCUCACUGAACAUAACUCAAAUGUUGUUUGGCUCCUUGUUGCUACAAUUUUGUCCUGUGCCUGGAUUAUUUAUCUAACUUAUUACAAUUCCCGAAAUAUUGGUUUUAUUUUAACAUUGAUCCUUAACAGAUUACAUAAAAAUGGCUAUAUCCAUAUUGGAUCCUUCUCAUUCUCUGUUCUAUCUGGAAAAAUCAUGGUUCGAGAAAUCUAUUAUAUUACAGAAGAUUUCUCCAUUAGAAUCCAAGAUGGAUUUAUUAUAUUUCGUUGGUGGAAGAUGUACAAUCCAAAGCAGAAGCAACAUGAUCCUAAGGCAGAAACAAGAUUAUAUAUAGUGGUGAAUGAUUUUGAAUUUCAUGUCUACAACCGCUCUUAUCUUUAUGCACAACUUCAGGAAUUAUUUGGUUUAGAACCAACCAUAAUUCCUCCAAAAACAAAGGAUGAAAAAGCACGAGAAAAUGGGCAAGAGCAAACACAUACAAAUCUUGACAGUGUCAAAGUAAAAAGUGAUUCUUAUGAUCCCUCAUCUUCAUGGAGAUCUCUUAUUCCUGUAAUUAAAGUCAGUGUUAGCACGGGUCGCUUAGCGUUUGGAAAUCAUUAUCUGCCUCAGACUCUAUGUAUUAACUUUGAUGAUGCUUCUUUAACUUAUACUACAAAGCCACCUUCAAGCCAUCUGGAUCAGUUUAUGCACAUUGUAAAAGGCAAACUGGAAAAUGUGAGAGUUAUGCUUGUUCCAAGUCCAAGAUAUGUUGGUCUUCAAAAUGAUGAGCCUCCAAGAUUAAUGGGAGAAGGUUUUGUUGUGAUGCAAUCAAAUGAUGUUGACAUCUAUUACUAUAUGGAUGAACCUGGUCUUGUACCAGAAGAAACUGACGAAAGUAAUGAGGGAGAGACAAGUAAUGAAGAUAGCAAAUUGCAAGACCUACCACCAUGCUGGGGAUUAGAUAUUGUUUGUGGCAAAGGAACAGAUUUUAAUUAUGGACCAUGGGUUGACCGGAAAAGGGAUUGUUUGUGGAAAUUUUUUUUCCCACCCGAUUAUCAAGUAAUGAAAGUUACAGAAGUUCCAGUUCCUGGGAAGCUAAGACAGAUCCUUGCUUUUGAGCUACGUAUGAAUAUUAUUGCAGAUGCUACUAUUGACUUGCUGUUUACAAAAAAUAGGGAAACUAAUGCAGUACAUGUAAAUGUUGGAGCAGGUUCUUAUUUGGAAGUUAAUAUUCCCAUGACUGUCACUGAAAAUGGCUACUCUCCCACUAUUAAAGGACAACUUUUACAUAUAGAUGCUACCAGUAGCAUGCAGUUCCGGACUCUCUUAGAAGCAGAAAUGUUAGCUUUUCACGUUAAUGCCUUUUAUCCUCGAACAUGGAACAUGCCACAACUCUGGCAGACUGAAGUUGAAGUAUAUAAAGCUACUUACCAUUUCAUAUAUGCGCAAAAAAACUUCUUCACAGAUUUGAUUGAAGAUUGGUGUGGUGACAGUUCUCCUGAUAUCUAUUCAUUUGUUCCCUAUACAUGGAAUUUUAAAGUGAUGUUUCAUCAGUUUGAAAUGAUUUGGUCUGCAAAUCAGCACAAUUGGAUUGAUUGUUCCACAAAGCAACAGGAAAAUGUUUAUGUGGCUGCCUGUGGAGAAACAUUAAACAUAGUUUUCUCUUUGCCUUUUCUUGACUUUGUUCCAGUUACAUGCAGUACUAGAUUCUCUUUAAGGGGAGAUGGUCUUGAUCUUCACUUACUUCUUCCUGAUUGCCAUCCUAGUAAAUACUCCCUGUUUAUGUUGGUGAAAGAUUGUCAUUCUAGUAAAUUAAAUCCUGAGUCUUGUGCUCCUGCUGAUAGUCAGAGUGGUCAGAAACUAAGCAAGUCCAAGUGGAGGAACAUGACUCAAGAAGAGGCUGGCUGGGUUGAAUGCUGGACAAUACCAAGUAUUAUGCUUACAAUUGAUUAUGUAUGGCAUCCAAUUUAUCCUCAGAAAGUUAAGGAGCAUUUGAUCCAAUCAUUGUCAGAAAUGGAAGAAACCAUAUUAUCUGCCCAGCGACCAUCACAGAAAAUGGCAGAUGGAGGAACAUCUUCUUCAGCUUCUUCCCGCCUUCCUGUUGACCCCUCUGAACUUCCACCUGACAAGCUUCGUGUAGAACUAGAGAUUUCCCCAGAUUCCCAGAUAACUUUAUAUGGACCACUUUUAAAAGCAUUCCUGUCUAUAAAGGAAAAUUAUUUUGGUGAAGAUGAUAUGUAUACUGAUUUUGAAGAAGUCAUUGCAAGCCCUGUACUGUCUAUGUCAACAUCUUCAAGUUCUGGAUGGACAGCAGUUGGAGUGGAUGCUAACAAAAAAGAGCGUGAUACAUCACUGAAACAAGUUAAUCCUCUAAUGUUACGCCCAUGGGAUAUUACAGUGCUUGUUAAUGCAUACAAAGUUCAUGGACGCUUGCCAGUACAUUGCAGCAGUGAUGGUCCAGAAUGUCCUACUGGUUUUCUGGAAAGAUUAUGUUUUGAGAUGAAGAAGGGAUAUAAGGAAACUAUGUUGCAACUUGUAUUAUCACCAUUAAAUAUAUUCUUGAAUGACAGCUAUCAGAGACCUACUGUGGAUGAAGUACUUCGAGAGGGUCAUGUAAGCCUUUCAGGUCUACAGCUACGUGCUCAUGCUAUGUUUUCAGCAGAGGGUUUGCCUGUGGAUAGUGACACUUUGGAAUAUGCCUGGUUAAUUGAUAUUCAGACGGGGAGCUUGACAGCCAAGGUUACAGUUCCACAGCUUGUAUGCCUGUUUGAAUGGGGACAAACAUUUGUGUUUCAUGUGGCAUGUCGUGAAUUUCAACUGGAAAGACCAAAAUCUGUCAUUGUAUGUCAACAUGGAAUUGAUCGUCGUUUUUGUGAAGCUAAGAUGAGUUGCAUUUCUGGCCCUUGUCUAACAUCUGAUGAAUUAAAAUAUGCUAUGAUCCGUUUGGCAGUAGAUGGUGCAGAUGUAUACGCUGUUGAGCAUGGUUGUGCUACAAGUAUAAAGAUGGGUGCUGUGCGCAUUGCCAGUUGCAAUCUCCACAAUCAGUCAGUUGGUGAAGGUAUAAGUGCUGCCAUUCAAGAUUUCCAAAUACGACAGUAUAUUGAACAAGCAAAUAAUUGCCGAACUAGUCUUCAACCUGCGGUACUACGGAGGGCAUAUUGGCUAGAAGCAGGAUCAAUCAAUUUUGGCCUUAUCACUGCUGAUGUUGCUUUAGCAGCAGACCGGUAUUCAAAGCAUGAAGCACAGAGACGUUUUUUGGAAACUCAUGAUAGCAGAACAAAGAGACUGUGGUUUUUAUGGCCAGAUGAUAAUACAAAGAAUAAAAGAAGCAAGAACAAAUGUGGUUGUCUUGGUGGCUGUCGUUUUUUUGGUGGCCCUGGGUCAGGAUUAGAUUUCUUCAAGUUUGAAGAAUUGACACCAUCAAGUAGCUCUGCUUUUUCAAAUGCAAGCGCAGAAUCAGAUAUGUUUUAUGGGCAAUCUUUACUGCAACCUGGAGAAUGGAUUAUUACUAAAGAACUUCCGAAAAUUCCAGAUGGUAAGGCAAAUGGUGUAAAGACAAAAGAAUGGGAAUGCCGAACUGUAGGUACAGAAUCUGAAAGAAAAUCCCAGCAGUUAAAUUUACAAGUACCUCUGCGAUCUCAUAGUUCUUCAUCAUCUUCAGAGGAGAAUAGUAGUUCUAGUGCUGCGCUCCCCUUGCUUGCAGGUGAUAGGGAAAGUCCUUCUUCUGCCAUGGAGGACCAUUUAGGACAAAAGGCACUCUUGAUAGGUUCCAAAAAAGAAGAUGCCCAUGGAAGUAGUGCAGCAGAAGGACCAGCAAAUAGCCCAGUAUCUCCUAAUCUACAAGAGAAGCCUGUUGGACAAUCUCCUCUUAGAUCUCCUUUGAAACGGCAAGAAUCAGUAUGUUCUGGUCGACAUGGAAGCACCAAAAGUCUUACUGCAGCCUUCUAUGGUGAUAAGCAGCCUGUUCCAGUUGGUGUACAGUUCAGCAGUGAUGUUUCACGUAGUGAUGAAAACGUGUUAGAUUCUCCAAAGCAAAGAAGAAGUUUUGGUUCUUUUCCUUAUACACCUUCUGCAGACUCAAAUUCAUUUCAUCAGUAUCGUUCUAUGGACUCCAGCAUGUCAAUGGCUGAUAGUGAAGCUUAUUUCUCAGCUGCUGAGGACUUUGAGCCCAUCAGCAGUGAUGAAGGCCCAGGAACCUAUCCUGGGAGGAAAAAGAAGAGAAAACAAGCCAAACAAAUUGAUUAUGGGAGAGGCUCAAUGUAUCAUAGUGUAGAAGGACCACUUACUACUACCUGUCAUGGAGAAACUAGUCAAGAUACAAAAAAAUUACCAAUAAAAAUGCAUCCUUCACAAGCUUCAUUUGUCUCUGCUUUGGGAGGAGAGGAUGAUCUUGUUGAACAUUUAUAUAUCAUAGAAACUGAGAAGGCUCCUGAGAAUGAACAAAUUACUUCGCAGCAGCCUUUAAUGAACUGCUUCCAAAGCUACCUCACCCAGUACCAAGUUAUUAACUGGUCAGUAAAACAUCCAACAAAUAAAAGGACCUCCAAAUCAUCUUUACAUAGGCCAUUAGAUCUCGACACUCCAACUAGUGAAGAAAGUUCCUCAUAUUUUGAGCAGCUUUCUGUUCCAACUUUUAAGAUUGUUAAACAAGGUCUUAAAGCUAAUGCUCUACUGGAUCGAGGCAUGCAGCUUACAGGAUCAACUUCUAACACUCCGUAUACUCCCUUGGAAAAGAAAAUCCUUGAUAACAUAGAUGAUGAAACAGUAACAGAGGAAUGGACUCUUGAUCAUCCAGUUUGUCAGACCAGAACAACAGCUAUUGUUGAAGUAAAAGGAACCGUGGAUAUAGUUCUUAGUCCUCUUGUAGCAGAAGUUUUAGACAGGUAUAUAGAAGCAAUGGUUCACUGUGCAAGCACACGUCAUGCAGCAGCCAUUGUGGAUGAUUUACAUUGUAAGGUUCUCAGAGAAGCUAUCCAGAAUAGAAAAACAUCAUUUUCAGAAAACGAUGAAGGGGUUGAAUCUGAUGAACUAAAAAAGGACCAUCCUUUAAGGCCUCCCCCACCUGAUUCUUGUAGCAUGAAACUGACAAUGAAAGAAAUCUGGUUCAGUUUUGCAGCUCCAACAAAUGUUCGUUCACCUGCCCAUAUAUUUUCAAGGCAACUGAAUCUUCUGAGUACUGCAACUCCAGCCAUUGGUGCUUGGCUUGUUCCUAUUGAUCAAGUAAAGUCUUCUUUAAACAAAUUAGAAACUGAGGGAACCUUGCGUGUUUGUGCUGUCAUGGGAUGUAUAAUGACAGAAGCCUUAGAAAAUAAAAGUGUUCACUUUCCUUUGAGAAGCAAGUACAACAAGCUCACAAGAUUAUCUCGUUAUCUACAAGAAAAUCCUUCCUGUCUGUUAUGCAAUAUACUUCAUCAUUAUCUUCAUCAAGCAACUUUUUCCAUCAUUGAGGAAGCAACCAUGAGUGAUGGCCUUCCUGCUCUGGUGACAUUAAAAAAAGGUCUCAUUGCAUUAGCAAGGCAGUGGAUGAAGUUCAUUGUGGUGACCCCAGCCUUCAAAGGGGUAAGUUUACACAGACCAACUCAGCCAAUAAAACUCCAGUCAACUGUACAUCAGGAGCAAGAGAAUGGCUUUGGUUUGGACAAUGUAGGAGGACUUCAAAGUGACACAAGUGCUGAUGGAGCAGAAUUUGAGUUUGAUGCAGCUACUGUCAGUGAACAUACGAUGCUUUUGGAAGGAAGUGGUACACGCCCCCCACCUCCUGCUGGGCCUGUAACUGGUGCUGAGAUUAUGAGGAAAUUAUCAAAGACUCAUACUCAUAGUGAUUCUGGCCUUAAAAUAAAGGGUAUUCAUCCAUAUCAUUCUCUGAGCUAUACUAGUGGAGAUACAGCUACAGACUCACCAGUGCAUGUUGGUCGUUCUGGGCAACUUGUUAAAGAAAGCCCAAGAAAAGAGAGUUUACUUAGCUAUUUGACUGGAAGUUUUCCUAGCCUACAUAAUCUUUUGGAAGGGACUCCUCAAAGAAGUACCAACGUCCCCAAAAGUAGCUCUUUAACAAGAACAGCAAACACCAUGCAAUCCGAAAUUAUAUCAGAACAUCCAUUAUUAACAGAACCGUCAUCUGUGAGUUUUUAUAACUGGAUGUCAAAUGCAGUUGGCAAUAGAGGAAAUACAGCUCAAGAGUCUCCUGUCACCAAAGCUGGUCACAGCAGUCUUCCAACAGGUGUGGCUCCAAAUCUU